AAUAUUAAUUUUAAGGUUAUGUUUCCAUUGUUAAUGUUUUGCGUCAAAGAGUGAAAAUCAACAAAAAAUGAAUUGUUAAGUCAAUAUUUAUAGUAAUUUUCCAAGUGGGUAAUAAAUAAACAAUUUUAAUCAUGUCAAUUGCACCUAUAGCCAAUCUUCCUUACUGCAAAGGAUUGUGGUCCGUUAUAUCGGGAACAAUUUGUCGAUGUGACAAAGAUCUCGUUGAAGAUGAAAUUCAAAAUGCAACACCUCUUCUACGUGAUGGGCUCAAUUUUUUCAAAAAAUACACCGAGGAAUCGUUACAAAAUGUUUCGAAAAAAAAUCCUCCACCUCGAAUGUAUGAUUUAAUUAGUAAACUUGCUCCAUUGUUGAAUGUUGAUGCAACAAUAACAUGGGAUUUAGUUUGCAAUUUUAUGCUCUAUGAAUAUAGAAAUUGUGCCGAGACAUUUGCAUCACAAUUAACUGAUUUAACAUCAAUGAAAGUUUUAAUUGAAGAAAUUUGGAGUUUCUAUUAUGCCGAGAGAAUAACAUUGAUAAAAUGUUUAAAAUUAAUGGUUGAAUAUAGAGACAAUAGAAAGCAUCCACAUCAAAAGGAAUUUUGUAAUUUUUUCGAUGAAGUUUUACUUGGUAGUUUAUUGACAAGUGUACAAAAACAAAUUGAACAUCUUAAAUUUAUAAAUCCACCAAGUCGAACACAAUUAUUUACCGAAGAACAUUUACAUCGUAUUUAUGAGAGUAGUCUUAAUGAAAUGCGUGAAUUAUUGCAUAUUUAUACAGUGAUAUUGAAUGAUGUACAUGUUGUUGAUAGUGAAUUUAAUAAUAUUUAUGCGAGUAUUAGCGGUGAACCAAGAAGAUUAAUUUCAUAUAAAAGCCAUGAGGAUAGAGAAUUGAUGGCAAAAAAAAUUGAAAUUAUUCAAUAUAGCCAAACGGGUUUAUUAUUAGUUGCUUUUGAUGUGACGAAACAUAUUGGAAUGGAGGAUUGGAUAAAAGGAGUUGGUAAAAUAAUGCAGGAUACAUUUGAACAUAAAUGUUUGAGGGAUAGUUUACCACAGGAUGGACCAUUAUUGCUUGCUUGGAUGCUCGCUAAUUAUGCAAUUGAACCGGAAAAUACUGAUAUUUUAAAUUGUUUUCGUCCAUUUGGUAUUCGUGCGAUUCAAAUGAAUGUUUUUCACUAUUUAAAAGGAUUACUUGAUUCGGAAAUGAUUCGUGAGGACACGCAUUAUGCGGAAAUUGUACGAAGUAGUGUUUAUAAUCUUUUGACGCUUCUUUGUGCAUUUAUUGAUGAGGAUCGAUUGGAUACAUUAACGGGUAUUUUUGAUACCGUUGCAUCGAUUUUAAGAUAUCCAAAACUUGCGGAAAGAUUUUGGAGGGAAAAAGAAGAUGGAUUAUGGGUAUUUUAUAAAUAUGCGGCACAAUGGUUUCCUUAUAGAUUUGAGCCACUUACGGCAAUUGUUACUGGUUUGGCAAGUGCCUCAAUUUUGAGUGCUAAAAAUGUGAUUUAUGAACUUGAUAAUUUACCAUCGCUUACUUUAGAAGUUACACGACAAAAUUUACAUACAAUUGAUUGUUUAAAACCAUAUGAGCAAGAAUGUGUGAUUCAUAGAAAUUCAUUUCGUAUAUUGACAACAACGCGUCAUGAAAGAAUUGAAUCGGCUAGACGAAGAAAUGAUGGCGAUGAAUUUGAUGUUAUUUUAUGGCAUACAAAGGGAAGUUAUUGGCAUGCUUUUCAUCAUAAAAUAGAACAACUUUUUCUUCAAGCAAGCGGAGGUAUGGCGAGUUUGAGUUAUAAAGAUGCUGUUCUUCCUGAACAAGUGACACAGGGUUUUGCACUAUUGGAAGCGUUGCUUGCGACUGAUAUGGAAAUUCCAAGAAAUAUGGUUAUACCAACGGAGCUGAGUUUUGAAAUUGUUAAUCGUUUUUCGUAUGCUACGUUGCCAUUGAAUAUUUAUAAAGUUGUUGCCUCUUGUAUUCGUGUAUCGUCAAAAUUGGUACUUCGAUAUCCUGAGGAUGUGUUAUCGCGAAUGAGAACUGAAGUUUAUCCAAGAUUUGAUGAUCGUUAUCAAAAGACAACUGAAUUUGCCGAAGCUGUUUCAUUUGACGGUGGUCUUAUUGCUUCAUGGCUCUCGAGUAUCGAAACUAUUCAACAUACUUAUCCAAUUUUAAACGCAUAUCUUGAUACAUUGUCGAAUUAUCUUAUUGCACGACACAGUAAAGAAGCGAUGUAUUCUGUCGAAAUUCCUGGAAUGGUUCUUUUAUUACAGAGUAUCCUACCGAAACUCGAUUCAUGGUAUUUUCAAUCUGAAUCGGAAAAAGUUGAACUAUGGUUAAAGAGUAUAUUUUGUCUUCAUCGUGCAUUGGAUUCUGUACCCGAGGGUGAAUCGCGCAAUGAAUUGAAAUUAAUUGUCACUUAUAAUUUAUUGCAUUUGGAACCGAGGCAUGCACUAUUGAAAAUUGUUCGCACCAGUGAACGAGCAUUGAGAAAUCGAAUGAUGAAUGAAACUGAUUGGAUUGCUGGUAAAGGAUUUAAAGUUAUUAAAAGUGUUCAAUUGGCAUUGUCGGUGGUUAAUCGUUUAUUAAUGUAUAGAAAAAAUCUUGGAUUGGGAAUUGAGGAGAGAUCACCGCUUGAAAUUGCACUUUAUGCUUCGCCUUCAUUGCCAAAUGGUCUUUUAAUUGUGCCAACAAUUGUUGAUUAUCUUUAUGUUUGGUUUAGUCCAGCUUUGCAAGCAAUGGCUGUGAGAUUGUUGAAAAAAUUUGCCGAAGGUUUUUCAAUGUCAUUAUUAGUUUGUAUGGGAAUGGAUGGAACGGCAAUUCGUGAAACAUUUGCCUCGAGAUUAAUGUCACCAACAUGUGCCGCUGAGGUGAAGGUUGCAAUUUUAGAAUUAGUUGCCGUUUGUCUUGAUCGUCAGCCAGGAUUAACUGAAGCACUUUUUAAUAUUAUGCAUCAAGCCGAAAGAAAGAGAAUAUUUCCCCGACCAGCUGAUGAAUUUCUCACUGAAGGUUGUACACAAUUUUUAGAUCUUUAUAUGCAGAGAAUUUUCCAUGAGGACAAUAUUGUUUAUGAUCGUCUUUAUGAUUCGACAAUGAGUCUUUUGCGUGCCAUUUGGUAUCAUCGAAAUGAAAUUCUUGUUAAUUUUUUUCGUAAAAAAACAGAAUUUUGGAGUCAUUUAUUUGCGCCAUUAUUUCGUAAUUUGGUGACAAAUGUUAAAGGUUAUUCACAAUUGAUUGAUAUUGUUACAUUGGAAUUGUUUAAAAGUACAUUGUUGGAGAAGGAUUUUCAAACGAAUUUAGAAAAAUUAUUGGACACCAAGGAGAAUUAUUGGGGAAAAUUGGUGAAAUAUAUAUUUAAAACAAUUCCCACAUUAGAAUUGUCGAAUGAAGAUGAUGGUAAUGUUAUUUUAGAAAAGGAUGACGUUAAACCUUUUUAUGAAACAAUUCUUGAAUCUUUAUAUCAAUUCUUGGUGACUAUCACCGAUGAAAGAGUGGCAAAAAAAUAUCCAAUUGAUGAGAAACAAGCUCGGGAGACAACAUCAUUGGCGCUUGAUCAUUUACUUGAAUUAUUGAAGCAACCAACGCCAAAAUCGUCAGCGAAACGAAUUUCAAUGGCAAAAACAACAAUGUUAUUGGCAUCGAUAACAUUACGUUGUAUUUCCUCAUGGAAAUUGAAGUGUAUCACAAAUUCUUCGGAUUUGAAAAAUAAAUUACGAGAACUUGUUCAUGAAAUUGCUCAAUUUUAUCGUGGCUAUGGACGAUCAUUGAGGCAAACAUUAAUUUCUCUGGUUUUAGGAUGUAUUCAAUUGAUUGGCGAUAUUCUUAUCGAUGAUAAUGUAACAUUAGAUUAUUUAUUGGGACAAUCGUGUAUACUUGCAAUUGGUGAUGUUGAGGAAUUGCGUGAAUUAGCGAGAAGUAGAGAGAAAAAACGAAAAUUUAUCAAUGAAGAUGGAAGGGAAAAAUUGGAUAGAGUUAGCGAAGAUCUCGAGGCAAUGGAAUUAUCAGCAAUUUCUGAAUCACUACCAGCAACAUUGACAGUGAGUGUUAUUACACAGCUUUUGAAUUAUCAAAUUGAAUACAAUAGAAAAAGUCAAAGAAGAAAAUCCGCAAGUUUACAACUUGGUCAAUUGAUAUCGGAAAUUAUGACAACAAUUGGUGUUACAAUGCAAAAACAUCCUUAUGCAAAAUUUAGUAAAGUUGCACUCGCUCUAUUGGGCACUGCUGUAAGAUCAGUUUCCGGAAGUUUUAAAUUUGAAGAGGAAACUGUGGUAAAACUUUGGCUCACUUUGAUCCCACCACCGGAUUUGAAAAAUAGUGUUUUAGCCUCUUUAUAUGACGAUUGCAGCAGCAUGAGUAUUUGGCGCUGUCAAGAUUGGUGGCCACUCUAUACAAUUGGAUUGGAAUUUAUAAUUGGAUUAAUAAUUAGCGAAUCAUCGUCCGCUUAUAUUUCAUUUGUCAUUACAUUUCUUGGAUCACACGAAUAUCAAUUAAUGGAAGUUUCGACAUUAUUGAGACACACAGCCGAUCCAGCGGCUGCUGAUCUUAUUCAAUCGUUGAUUUCUCUUGUCUCAACGUUGUCAACAAAACCUGUUUAUUGGGAUUCAAUACAACCAAAUGUUCGAGAAACACUAGUGAAAUGCACAUAUCUUGCCUAUGACAGUACAGUGAAUCUUUUGUUACGUCCUCGAAUUUUGAAAUUCAUCAUGGAUGGAAUAAGUGUUGAGAGUGCAGAAGAAUUACAAACAUGCGAUGAAAAACAACUAAGUGGAGAAUUAAAACUUCUUGUUAAUAAAUUAAUUUUAAUUAAUACAUCGUGUGCAAUGAGUUUUGUUUAUUUUUCACCGCGACUAAACACACUUGUUGAUACAAUUUAUUGUCAGGAAGACUUUUGGUAUGCUCCAAUGGCGGAGAUGAAUUUUGGUCCACCGCAAAUGUGCAUUACUUCUGGUCCACAAUUAACUUAUGGUACGAUAAUUAGUUCCACGCAACUAUUUACACAGGCGCAACUUCAUGUGCAUUCAACAAAAACUCCCUCGUCAUCGACAAUUUCAACAUUAUCAAAUACAGUGAUUCGUCCAUCAACGUCGCGUGAUGAAAAAAUUGAUUUGGCAAAAAAAGAAUGGGAACGUGCAUCGCCGGAAAAUUUACGACGAAUGCAAGUUAAAGAUUUGAGAAAAAUACUUCAUCAAACGGGUUCAUCGGCACCAGUUGGUUCAUCGCUUAUCAGUAAUCUUUCGAGUGGAAUUGAUUUUUCAGGAUUUCUCACGGGACAAGAUGUGACUGUUUCACUUCUCAGUAAUCCACGGCUCAUUAGACGGCCAUUUGAUCCAUUAAUUUGUGAAAAUACAAUACUCUCGAGAGCAACGGCUCUUAUUCCAAUAUCAAGUCGUUCACACGUUGGCAAAAAUAAUACCACAAGUUCAAAAAAUGAUCAGGAUGUAUUAAAUCGUUCGCGUAAUGAUGGCAAUGGAGGAACUAGUGAUCCUUGGUUUGCAUCGAUGGAAGAAAAUAAUACACGUCUUGCAUUGGAAGUGAAUUUAGUAUUGAUAUUAUGUCAGGCAUUGGAGGGUGUUAAGAGUCCAAGAUUGGCAUUGAGAGAUCGUCAAUUAAUAGCAAGAGAGACGGCAACUGAAAUUGGUGUAUUCUUCGAUUUUUUGGAACAAAAGAAUUUCACCGAUUGGCAGGUUUCUGCAACUUUAAUUGAAGCAGAUUCGAAGAAAUUACACGUUGUUGAGGCGCCUGAUGUAUUUAGUGAAAAAUUAACGGCAAGAUUGAAGAAAAAUUGUACUAUACAAAAAACACCAGUUAAUUCACUUCCAAUUGUAUGGGAAGAAGAUGACGAUGAUUCGAUUUCUGUUUUUGAACAAACUGACGAGCCGGAACAAAGAUCGAAUGAUGAUAUUGUCACUAGUGGAGGAUUUGGUACCAAAAUUGUCACUAUGAAAUUUUUACCCCUCUUGGGUAAUUUAUUGAAAUCAGUCAUAGAAUCUUUGGACUCUUCACAAUAUUAAGAAAUUUUUGUUUGUAAAAAAAAAAAAAUAAUCAAUAUGAAAGAAUUGUAAUGAAUUUCUAAAUGUAAGUAAAAUAAAUAGUUUUAAGAAUUUUUGUACAAUGUAAUAUAAAAUGUUUUUGAAAAUAA